CCUUUGCCGUCAAGAGAUAGCAGCUGUCGCGUUGCCAUGUCAAUAAACUAGAAAUUGGACAAUAACCAUUUUUUUUUAGUACAGUAUUAUGUCAAUUGUACAAUGUGGUGUCACAUUGUUUCAAACGGAAUUAAAAAGGGAAGUAUUUAAUUCGUCAGUCCAAGAAAAAACAACCUGGGAGGGACAUGUUUCAGCUUUCGUCCACCCCUCUUGUCUGACCUCUCUCCAAUAUGGAUGCAGAAAUGGAUUCCCAGGGGAGCGUGACCGGCGACAGCCAAUCUCAAGGCGGAUCGGUGGAACUCUUCUGCGCAAGCCAAGACGUCGACUGUUUUCUAAAAGGAGACACGGUCUCUCAGAAUUUAAUGGACUGCGCUUCUUUAAGCCGGCGCAGUGAUCCUUCGCUCGCCAGCGUAAGUAGCAGUCCGGCCGCUGCGCCGUGUUCCAACGGACAAAAGUCAAAAAGGCCCAGUUCUCCCGGUACUCACCCUGGGAAAGCCUCCUGCGUCACAGCGAAAUCCCCAAAUUCCAAAGCGAGGAAGGGCCCGUCGGCCGACAACGUGGUAAUGCAAAGUCCCGACAGCCCCGUCGGUAAAACGCUGCCAGGUGCUUGCGGCGAAGCUCGGAGCGGUGUCCCGGAAACCGACGCCGCCCGUUCGGCCGUGGCGGACGACUCGUCAGAUUUAAGCCAAGACUUGCUUUGCGACCAGUCAGGUGCCACUGAAAGCGUUCCAUCCCCUGCCAAUGACGUGACUAGAAGAUGGCUGGGGACCCCCAUCGAUGAGCUGAACAGGAUGCCCCAGUGCGCCCCCCCACUUUCUCACCUGAAAGCCGUGCCUAGCUGUCACACUGUCACAGUCAGGACAGAUCUCCUGAGAGAAGGAGAGGUUCCCGUCCCGUAUCCCGGCAAGUUCAAAGACGCGUGGGACGACACGUCCGUCAAGAUGCCUUGCUCCGAGAAGAAUCUAUUUCCCAUGGAGACGGAGGACGGUGGCGGUGUUCAGAGUCGCUGGGAGUUAAUCCACUCCGCCUUGCAAGGAGGCUUCAAAAGUUCUCUAGAUGUGCGGGACGCCAUCUUGAGAUAUAACACGGCACAUGCGAAGAAAUGGGACUUCACUGCCCUCAACCUCCUUUGCACCGAGUGUCUGGAGCAUUGCGAGGUUCAGCACCUUUACGAGGCCGUACUGCCUUCCAUGGUCAAGCUGGCACUCAGCGCUCCGCGCCUCUGCACGAUGCCCAUCCCCUUGCUAAAGUCACGGAUGAACCAUUCCCUAACCAUGUCUCAGGAGCAAAUUGCCUGUCUUCUGGCCAACGCCUUCUUUUGCACGUUCCCGCGACGCAACUCCCGCAAGUCGGAGUACUGCAACUAUCCCGAGAUCAACUUCUACAGAUUAUUUGAAGGCUCCUCACCACGAAAGAUUGAAAAGUUGAAAACACUCAUCUGCUACUUUAGGAGGGUUUCACAGACCAGACCAAAGGGACUUGUGACAUUCACAAGACAAACAAUAAACACGCUUCCAAACUGGGAAAACUGCCAGACUGAGCUGACACGCUUACAUAUCACUUGCGAAGGGACAAUUGAAGACGACGGUUACGGGAUGCUGCAGGUGGACUUUGCGAACCGAUUCGUAGGCGGUGGCGUCACGGGUCACGGCUUGGUCCAAGAGGAGAUCCGGUUCCUCAUCAACCCUGAACUUAUUGUGUCCAGGCUCUUCACAGAAGCAUUAGAGCACAACGAAUGCCUCAUAAUUACAGGUGCUGAGCAGUACAGUCGAUAUUCUGGCUAUGCUGAAACUUACAAAUGGGACGAGUGCUACAAAGAUGAGACUCCCAGGGACGAAUGGCAGAGACGAUGCACGGAGAUCGUGGCCAUUGACGCGCUGAAAUACAAACACUUCCUGGAGCAAUUUGUCCCUGAAAAGAUGACCAGAGAGCUCAACAAAGCUUACUGCGGAUUCUUCCGGAAUAACGCCAACACAAAGCACCUGUCCGCGAUCGCCACCGGCAAUUGGGGCUGCGGCGCUUUCGGCGGAGACACGCGUCUCAAAGCGCUGAUUCAACUGAUGGCGGCGGCAGAGGCGGGCAGGGACGUGGCUUACUUCACAUUUGGAGACGCCGCACUCAUGCGAGAUGUUCACCACAUGCACGCCUUCCUGACUGAGAGACACGUCACUGUGGGUAGGCUGUACGGGCUCCUGAACCAGUACGCUAACUCUGUUUGCAAGAACUGCCGCGCUGCCAGACCCGACGUCGGCCUCUACGAUUUCAUCUAUCGGAAGGUCUCGUCCCCUGACGCCGCCUCGGACUUUUCUAAGGACUCCGGGAUGUCCCCCGUGACGUCGGAUUGUCAUUAAGAAUAAAGCGGGGGGAGGGAUAAACCAUAAUUGACCUCCUCCUGCUUUGGAAAUCUCAAGUCGUGCGCUUACAAUCGAUCUUUCAGGUGCAUCUUCGUAAUUCAAGUAUCAUGGAAAACACUCAUUUCACUGCAUCCAAUUGGUUUGUUAUUUACGGAGGACCAGAAUGAAUGGUUAAAUCUUUAAAUAAAUGCUUAAAUGUGUCAUUAUUCAUUAACAUGGGAUUUAAAUAGAUAAGUGUCAUUAAUUGGUGAAAAUACCAUCCCAUUUAAUGUAAAAACUAGGGCUGUCAAACGAUUAAAUUUUUUAAUCGAGUUAAUCACAGCUUAAAAAAUAAUUAAUCGUAAUUAAUCGCAAUUCAAACCAUCUAUAAAAUAUGCCAUAUGUUUCUGUAAAUUAUUGUUGGAAUGGAAAGAUAAGACACAAGACGGAUAUGUUGUUUAUUAUAACAAUAAAUCAACAAGAUAGCAAUAACAUUAUUAACAUUCUGUAAAGCGAUCUAUGGUUAGAAAGACUUGUACUUCUUAAAGGAUAAAUUUUAGUACAAGUUGUAGAAAUUUUAUAUUAAAACUAGAGAUAUAUGCCGAUCGAUCGGGUCCGAUCAAGUAUACAUAGGCGAUAUGACGAUAUAAAACCGUCUCACGAUCUUAAGUGCUGAAGGUACGUAUUUUUUAGGACAUCGUUAUAUCGCGGUUUAUUAACUUUUAUUUCAAACCCACUCACAUCACUAGUCUCCCUUUCUCCCUUUUUACACUUCGUCAGGCUCUCUAGUCUAGGCCAAUCAAUAGACUGGAAAGUGAGUGACGCCGCCCGGUAGCACACGCCCACUGUUACCACUUUCACAAAGGAGGUGUGCGUCAUGGCGGAGGCAGCAGAGAGCGAGCUUAGCGAGGCAGAAGAGUUUACCACUAAGAAAAACUCCACAUCGAUUGUUUGGAACUGGUUUGGCUUCAAAGUGGACAAUAUAGAUCAAAAAAACAUAAUUUGCAAGAUUUGCAAGGAACACGUAACGGCAAGUGACGGCAACACAUCAAACUUAUUCCACCAUUUGAAACGAAAACAUCCAAAGCAAUAUACUGAGAGCCAAACUCCCAAAGCUAAAAAGCCAACCUCCGCUACAGGUUAAAAGCAACAAAAACUUUCGGAUGCUUUCCUAAAAAACACUCCCUACGAGAAAAGUGGUAAACGAUGGAAUGACAUUACUGACGCAAUACCCUUUUAUCUGGCAAAAGAUAUGUGUCCCUUUCAAACAGUUGAUGGAGUCGGUUUUGCGAAAAUGAUUAAAGUUUUAGAUCCUCGCUACCAGCUGCCUAGUCGAAAAUAGUGUUUUAAAAAUAUCGUGAUAAUAUCGAAACCGUGAUAUUGUCUUGGGAAUACCGUGAUAUAUAUUUUUUCCCAUAUCGCCCAACCCUACGAUCAAGUCAUUUUCAAAGUAUCGGAAUCAGCAAAAAAAUAUCGGCCAUGCCUUUUUUUAAUAUAUAUAUAUUUUUUAAUUAAAUCGUUUUAACGUUACAGACAUAAUAUGUUACACUCAUCCAGAGUAUUUAGUUUAGGCUUAAGGUAGGGUUAUCAAAUUUAUCCCGAUAAUGGCGGUAAUGAUUUUUUAAAAAAAUGUAUCACGUUAAAAUAUUCAACGCAAUUAAUGCAUGCACUGCACGGCCCACUCACGCAUUGUCGCGCUCAAUCUGUAAUGGCGCCGUUAUACCUGUAUAGAGAGAUAAAAGGCAGCGUAAAAUGAGUAGAAUGAAUUUUGGCAGCCUUUGGAGCCUUUUUUUAAUUGGCUAAAGCCUUACAAUCCCUCUCCCUACGAUUAGAAAUAUCAUGGGAAGCAAUGUGGGGAAGCAAGGUAGCAAUUGAUCUUUUUUUUAACACCUUAUGUUAUUUCCCAACGCAGAGAAGAUAUAUCAAUUGGUAGCACUACGCACAGUCAUGGUUCCACUUCCCAUCAUGCAUUUGGGCAUGGCUACAGUAUCAUUUACUGAAAGCUCAACAAAUACACUAGAUGGCAAUAUUUAGUCACAAUAUACAAAGUCACAAGUCUUUCUAUCCGUGGAUCCCUCUCACAGAAAGAAUGUUAAUGUAAAUGCCAUCUUGAGGAUUUGUCAUAAUAAACAAAUACAGUACUUAUGUACUGUAUGUUGAAUGUAUAUAUUCGUCCGAGUUUUAUUCAUUUUUUUCUUAAUGCAUCGCCAAAAUGUACAGUGCCUUGCAAAAGUAUUCGGCCCCCUUGAAUCUUGCAACCUUUCGCCACAUUUCAGGCUUCAAACAUAAAGAUAUGAAAUUUGAUUU